AUGCUUAGAAAGUCUUCUGUGGUACCUAGAGCCUUCAAAAGACUCCAGAGUCAUUUAUAUUCCAUGUUACUAUCUGAUGUUCGUCAUAGAUGGGAAAAAUUAUCUUUAAAAGAAUCAUACUUCAGUACAGGUCUUGAUGAACAUGGUCUAAAGAUUCAAAACGCAGCAGAAUUAAAAGGUUUACCACCAAAAGAAUUUGUGGAUCAAUUAUCUGUAACUUUUAAAGAUUUAACCAAGUUAGCACAUAUUGAUUAUGAUAGAUUUAUCAGAACUACUGAUGAUGAUCAUAUUCAAGCUGUCCAGCAUUUUUGGAAUGUUUUGAAUGAAAGGGGAUAUAUUUAUGAAGGUGAACAUGGUGGUUGGUAUUCAGUGUCUGAUGAAACUUUUUAUCCAGAAGCUCAAAUUUUUGAAAAAGAAGGGAAAUAUUUCUCUAAGGAAACAGGUACAGAAGUUACGUAUAGUACAGAAAAGAAUUAUUUUUUCAAAUUAUCAAAUUUUAAAGAUCAAUUAAUCAAAUUAUUAAAAGAAAAUCCAAAAUGGAUAAUACCUGAACAAAAACAUAAAGAUGUCUUGUAUGAAUUAGAAACAAAUGGAUUACAAGAUCUAAGUAUAUCACGUCCUUCUUCAAGAUUACAAUGGGGAAUUCCAGUUCCAGGUGAUGAAUCACAAACGAUCUAUGUUUGGGUUGAUGCUUUAGUUAAUUAUAUCACUUGUGCCAAAUAUCCAAAUUUAACAAACAUAUGGCCAGGUACACAUUUAAUUGGUAAAGAUAUCAUUAGAUUCCACUGUGUCUAUUGGCCAUCAUUGUUAUUAGCUGCUGGUGUUGCGUUACCUAAACAAUUCAUUGUACAUGGACAUUGGCUAGCUGAUGGUUACAAGAUGAGUAAAAGUAGAGGUAAUGUUGUUGAUCCAAUCUUGAUGGCUCAAUAUUAUGAUACUGAUGUUCUUAGAUUUUUCUUGUGUGAAAAUUCUGUUUUGAAUUCUGAUAAUAAUUUUAGUGAAGAUAGAUUAUUUAGUACAAGAGAACAAAUUGUUGAUAAAUUUGGGAACUUAGUUAUGAGAUGUUGUGGACCAAAAUUUGAUGCUGAAAGAGCUAUUAGGAAUUUUGAAGACCAUGAUGUUUCCAUUCUUGAUGAAUCAUUCCAAACUGCUCAAAGAGAACUAGUACAAGAUAUCAAUUUAUUACAUGAAAAGAUGAACUCUAAAAUGAUUGAAUUUAAUACUUCGUCUGCUAUCCAAGAUAUUUGGAAUGUUUUAAUCAAAGCAAAUCAAUUUUUCCAAAAUACUGAACCUUGGAAAAGAACAGAUCAAGAAAAAGAUAUCAUUUUAUUCACUGCACUCGAAACUGCAAGAGUUUCUGCAAUUUUAUCAUUACCAUUCAUGCCUGAUUUAGCCAAAAAAUUCUUGAAUAGAAUUGGUGUUGAUAAAUUUGAUUUUGAAUAUGCUAAAUAUGGUGCUGAUUUAACUUAUGGGAAGGGGAUCAAUAGAAAAGGUGAUUUCCCAAUCAAAAAGAUCGAAAUGAGAAAAUCUGAUUAA